AAUGCCGGUUCUCGCGCAUAGAAACACAACCGUUUGCGUACUGUCUCGUUUUAAGCACGUGUUUUGGAAUGAGUACAGCACAAACACUGUCGGCCUACUUGGCAUACAGUGCAAAGACAUCGAUGAAAAUGCUGCGAUUACUCAAGGUCAAAGAUUAGUUUGCAUGUUUAUUAAUUGUCUUAUCUCUGUUGUUUGUAUAACGCUGCACGUCCUGAGAGGAAGAGGUUCUAGUUGGUGCCUGGAUGAGGAUGAGGAAAUGGUGACGAAAUUGAUUGCUCACUAUGACGAUUACCUACGGGAUUCAACACGAAGAAGAUACAGAGCAUUAGUGCUGGAUGCAAAAACUAUUUACCAAUCUAGCCGAAGUAAACAACAUGUACGUCAUCGCGCUAAUCUCUUCGAUGGGUGGUAGAAAUAUGUUUACAUCUACAAAAAGAUGUUUAGUUUGCUGCAAGGAGAUUAAAAUCCAGCAGACAGUCGCUGACUUGGUCAGUAAACGUUUGGCUCGUGCUCUCGGAAAAAGUGUUCGGCCAAUUGAAGUGAGCAUCCUUGCCAAUGGUACAGCUGCCGUGGAUUUGGAUGUAAGAUUAUCAAACCCUGUCAUAAAAUCGACAAUAAUGAACAGCAAUUCAGUUGAUCGGUGCGAAAGGCUAAAACAUGGGAUUGCAUCUUCCAAUACUACGACAAAUCGAUUGUACCAUAGUGCUACGAAACCAAUUAACAGUGCUUCUAGAAUGGCCCAGUUGAUCGAUGGCAAGCAGAUAGCUAGUGAAAUACGAGAAGAGUUGCGAAAUAAAAUCGAAGCAUGGAAGGUGCAAGGGAACCGCGCACCGCAGCUGACUGCGAUAUUAAUUGGCGAAGAUGCGGCUAGUGCUACAUAUGUUAGCAACAAAAUGAAGGCCGCAGCAGAUGUGGGUAUUGACAGCAAAACGGAACGGUACGAUACAGACAUCACGGAGCAACAACUGCUUGACCGCAUUGAUCAAUUGAACAACGAUGAUGCCGUUGACGGGAUCUUAAUACAAUUGCCAAUUCCGCGUCACAUUGACGAGAGGAAAAUAUGUAACUCAGUAUCUUGCGACAAGGAUGUGGAUGGUUUCAAUGAACGUAACAUCGGACGGCUCUGCCUGGAUAUGAAUACGUUAAUUCCAUGCACUCCGUUAGGUGUGCAAGAGCUCAUUAAACGAGCCGGAGUUGAAACCUUCGGUAAAAAUGCUGUAGUUGUAGGCAGAUCGAAAAAUGUGGGAAUGCCUAUAGCCAUGCUGUUGCAUGCAGAUGGUCGAAAUGACACGUGUGCCAUGGAUGCUACCGUAACCAUAUGCCACCGGUUUACUCCACCGGAGGAGUUGAAACGAUUUUGUCGUUCCGCAGACAUCAUAGUCACGGCUACCGGCGUACCGGGACUCAUAACGGCCGAUAUGGUGAAGGAAGGAGCAACCGUAAUAGAUGUUGGUAUCACUAGAGUGGCGGAUCCUGCGACGGGAAAAACUAAACUAGUUGGAGAUGUUGAUUUUGAUGAAGUGCGAAAAGUCGCAGGCCAUAUCACGCCGGUUCCAGGUGGCGUCGGUCCGAUGACUGUGGCGAUGCUGAUGAAGAAUACGUGGAUUGCUGCUAAAAACUUGGCCAAAAAGAGAAACACCCACUGAAACCCUGGCUUGUAUUACGAAGUAUUGCAUUUUUUUUAGUUGGGCCGAUUGUUGUAGCGUUUCUAGUGUAACGCUGAUUUUAAGUUCGGUGAAAUAGUGCAGUAUGUCUACGUAUGACUAAUGCACUUCAUGUACUACUAAAAACAGCAGCGCGAGGCGGAACCUUCCUAAAGGCUAUAUCUAUUCGAGAUUUAGUAUACAAAAAAAAAACAAUAGUUAAGUUUACCGCCCUUGAACAUGAAUUAAAUUAGUAUUCAAGAAAGCAAAUCAUUGUGCUUCAAGUGUUAUUUGUACAACAAUUGCUACGAUAUGUGUCGAUCAUUCUUAUACUCGUUAUUAUACACAGAAAGCCAGAAAUGGCAGUCCGAGCCAACCUUUCAAGCCUUCUUGUGCCCAAGAACAAGAAGAACAAAAUCUUUACAGAGUGCCUUAACUAGGUAAACAAAUAGAUAGAUAUAACACAUAAUUUUGUCGGUUUGUACUACCCAAAAUAAUCGGUGAGCGUUGAUGAUGCAAUAAAUUAUUGUUAAACGGCUGUGUUGAAUUGACAACAGUUGGAAGGUUCGGAUGCAGCUCGUGGUAAA